UUGUGUCCGACCCCCGGCAGGAGGCAGAAGAAGGGCCUGUGCUUCUGACGGAGGAAGCCAUCGGGCAGCGCGUGGAGGUGCCGAGCUUUGGGUCCAGCGGGUGCGCGGGGGUCUGUGGCCGUCGUCGUGGCCGCCGCCGUCGCUUGGUCACCGUGGGUCUCCGGGAGGCGGGUUAUGGCGGCGGCAGCAGUGGGAGCUGUGAAUGAAUUCGCCAGGUGGACGACGGAAGAAGAAAGGCUCCGGCGCCCCAAGCAGCCCGGUGCCUCCCAGGCUUCCGCCCCCCUGCUCGGUGCCCGCCCCUUCCGCCGCCGGGCCGGCCCCUUUGCCCCGGUCGCCGCAUAAGCGGAGCCUGUACUACUUCUCCUACCCGCUGUUGGUGGGUUUCGCGCUGCUCCGCUUGGUCGCUUUCCACCUGGGGCUCCUCUUCGUGUGGCUCUGUCAGCGCUUCUCCCGCGCCCUCAUGGCCGCUAAGAGGAGCUCCCGGGCCUCGCCGGCGUCAGCCUCCGCCUCGCCCCCGGCGCCUGUGCCGGGCGGUGAGGCCGACCACGUCCGAGCCUUUCACAAGCAGGCCUUCGAGUACAUCUCCAUUGCCCUGCGCAUCGACGAGGACGAGAAAGGACAGAAGGAGCAAGCUGUGGAAUGGUAUAAGAAAGGUAUUGAAGAACUAGAAAAAGGAAUAGCCGUCAUAGUCAUAGGACAAGGUGAACCGUGUGAAAGAGCUAGACGCCUUCAAGCUAAAAUGAUGACUAAUUUGGUUAUGGCCAAGGACCGGUUACAACUUCUAGAGAAGCUGCAACCAGUUUUGCAAUUUUCCAAGUCACAGACGGACGUCUAUAAUGACAAUACUAACUUGACAUGCCGCAAUGGACAUCUCCAGUCAGAAAGUGGAGCUGUUCCAAAAAGAAAAGAUCCCUUAACACACCCUAGUAAUUCACUGCCUCGCUCAAAAACUGUUACAAAAACUGGAUCCACAAGUCUUUCAGGCCACCACAGAGCACCUAGUUGCAGCGGGUUAGCCACGGUUUCUGGAGUGAGACAAGGGCCUGGUCCUGCCACUGCAAUUCAUAAGGGUACUCCAAAAACAAACAGAACAAGUAAACCUUCUUCUACUCCUCCAACUGCUGGUCAGAAAAAGAAAGACUUGAAGAAUUUUAGGAAUGUGGAUAGCAACCUUGCUAACCUUAUAAUGAAUGAAAUUGUAGACAAUGGAACAGCUGUUAAAUUUGAUGAUAUAGCUGGGCAAGAGUUGGCAAAACAAGCAUUACAAGAAAUUGUUAUUCUUCCUUCUCUGAGGCCUGAGUUGUUCACAGGGCUUAGAGCUCCUGCCAGAGGAUUGUUACUCUUUGGUCCACCUGGAAAUGGAAAAACUAUGCUGGCUAAAGCAGUAGCUGCUGAGUCCAGUGCAACCUUUUUUAAUAUAAGCGCUGCAAGUUUAACAUCAAAAUAUUUGGGAGAAGGAGAGAAAUUGGUGAGAGCUCUUUUUGCCGUGGCUCGAGAACUUCAACCUUCUAUCAUUUUUAUAGAUGAAGUUGACAGCCUUUUGUGUGAAAGAAGAGAAGGAGAACAUGAUGCUAGUAGACGUCUAAAAACUGAAUUUCUAAUAGAAUUCGAUGGUGUGCAAACUGCUGGAGAUGACAGAGUACUUGUAAUGGGUGCAACUAACAGACCACAAGAGCUUGACGAGGCUGUUCUCAGACGUUUCAUCAAACGGGUAUAUGUGUCUUUACCAAAUGAGGAGACAAGACUACUUUUACUUAAAAAUCUGUUAUGUAAACAAGGAAGCCCAUUGACCCAAAAAGAACUAGCACAACUUGCUAGAAUGACUGAUGGAUACUCAGGAAGUGAUCUCACAGCUUUGGCAAAAGAUGCAGCACUGGGGCCUAUCCGAGAACUGAAGCCGGAACAGGUGAAGAAUAUGUCUGCCAGUGAGAUGAGAAAUAUUCGAUUGUCUGAUUUCACCGAAUCCUUGAAAAAGAUAAAACGCAGCGUGAGCCCUCAAACCUUAGAAGCAUACAUACGUUGGAACAAGGAUUUUGGAGAUACCACCGUUUAAGGAAAUACCUAUGUAAACCUGUAGAACAGUUUAGUUACCAAGAAACACACGAUCUUCAGUGAGGAGUUAGUUACCAGCUACAGAAAAUCAGCCUAAGUUUACAGGACUUAUCAGUCUUAAAAUUAUUUGUGCACUAAACUUGAAGAACCAGAAAGCAAAUUUAAAUAAAGUAUACAAUGCAAAUGGAAUAUUUUGUUGUUUAAGGCCUUCUUGCCUUGAUGGUCAUGGUUAUCCCAAUUGGUUCUGUAAGAGCACAAGAAAAACUGAUUAUGUUCUUCUCUACCAAUAUAAUUGUAAUGUAAAUAAUUUGUAUAUUGUGUUGCAGAUGAAAGUAUUCUAGAGACAGUGAAUGGUAGAAGACACAAGAAUCUUUUGUUCAUUUUUCUUCUGACGUCUUAAUAUAGUCAUAUUUUUCCUAUUUUUCUUUCCUACUGUUGUCUUAACUGUGGAUGGAUGAUUGGAAUGCCAAGCACUAGAAGUUUUGUUCUUCCCCUUUUACAAAUUCAUUGUGCCAAAUGAAACUUUUUCCUAUGUCAUGUAGAAAGAAGUAUUUUAAGGGUUUUUUCUUCUUAAAUAUAUACACACUAAAUAAUUGUGUUGUUUUUAAUUUGUUUUUCUAUUACCUUGCUUCCAAAUAAUUUAGAAAACAAUAUGAUAGCAACAAAGCAAAUCUGGUAAAAUAGAGAAGGAGAAGAGUUGAAGGUUUAAGUUGCUCUGCUGUACAAUAUACAGACCAAUCUUCAUGUAACCUGCAGUAUUGUUUCUUUUAUUUACCAAAAAUCUAUUGUAGACUGUUAACUUAUCCCUGAUGGAAUUUAUUUUCUGCUAGAAUUAUUCUUAACUUAAAAGAACAAAUUUAGCAAUUCUAAAAGUAGUUCUAGUGCAAGCGAAGGGAAAUACUGGGAGCUAAGACAUUUCUAAUUUAUUGCUCAUUUCUUACUGUUUACAGGUAUAAUUAUAAGCCAGUGGAACUACUGUCUUUCAUUCUUAAUAGUUAUUUAUCGCUUCAAUAAAACUUUAAAAAGUUACUGAAUUUUUAAACAAUGCAUACAUUUUAUAGGUUUCUUUCCUCACUUUAUUAACUCAAAAGUUCUAGUUUGUCAGCCUGCUCUUUGUUCCCCCAAAAUGUACAGUCAUUCUGUUUCUUGUUUGUAUAAAUACGCUUGGAUUUUUAUUAUAAAAAUGUCUCUGUAGGAAUUAGACACUUAUAUCAUGGCCUUUUAAAUAUUGUAAUAAAGGCAAAUGAAUAAUUGCCCUUAGUUUACUGGUUAAAAGUUUGUUUACACAAUUUUUCUUUGGUGCUUAAAUGAUGUUAUGAAAAUGUCAUGGAUGGAAAAAAAAUGUUUUUAUAGUAGUAAGAAUUUUCAUUUAGGAAAACACCUUUGAUAUUGCCACAGUAUGUUAAAAUCAAGAACUUGCCCCUACUACACAAGAAUUUUAUGAAGACAUAAUUUUUGUUCAUUUUAUUCUUGUUCUUGUUAAAGAUUUAUCUAAAUAGAGAAGAUGUAUGCUUUUUUAUGAUAAUGCACUGUUUGCAGCUGUAACUUAAAUCAUACCUCUUCUCAUCAUGACUUUAAAACUUCCUAGAUAAUUAAAAUGACAGUUAAGAUAAAUUAAAAAAUUUUAAAGCCAGAGCUAAUGCAUAUUUUAUAUUAAUAUCUUUUUAAAGUCUCAAACAUUAAGAUAUCAUUUAUAAAAUAUUAAAAAUGAAAGGUGGAAAUAAGUAUACAUUAUGGCAAGAACUGAGAAAAUCCCAAAUUAAAGCAUUUUCAGUAAAGCUCAUAAUUUCAUUUAGAAAGGGAUUAACAUUAUUGAUACUUGAAAAACUGGCUAACUAUAUUAAACGACUGUGCUUUCAGAUCAGCUUUUAAAAUAUAAUCUUUAAAAGUAUCAUAAUUCUAUCUGCAAUAAUUUAAUGUAGAUCACUUUUUAUUUGAAACAUUUUUAGAUUGACAGAUUUCAAAUGUUAAAAGUCAAGUUAAUAUUGUCAUAAUCAUUGAAUCAGAAAAUUACAUUACUGUUUGAAUAUCCAUCCAUGUAUAGCAGUUUUGAUCAAGUUGGAAGUUGCAUUUAGUGCUAGAGAACUAUUUUCUAUGACUUACCAUGACCAAGUUUUAUUUUAAAUUGUGUUUCUUUGAUAGAAAGGCCAUGAAUAUAAAAUGAUGAUAUAGUAGGAGGUGAUGGAUUGGUUUGGUCUUUUCCAAUAAAGAUAUAGUAGGAGGUGAUGGAUUGGUUUGGUCUUUUCCAAUAAAGAUAGAAAUUGCUGAAGUUUUGUGACUUAAUAUUAGAUUUGCAUUGUGACCUUUUAGAUUUUCCAUUAAUCCCUGAGUCAUAUUACUUCCUGAAGUAUAAUGGUUAAACAUUAAGCAUUAGUGUGCCCUUAAUUUUUAAUAUGGCAGAGUUUUGUAAACUAAAUUAAAACUUAUUAAUAUACCAAAGUUUGGGCCAAGGGAAAAAAUACAAAUCCAGAUAUUCAUGAGUAAAAGCUUAUUCUGUCUGCCCGUUAAGGUGAUUAGAUUUCUGACACAGAUAUGCUUUGUGCUUGGGAAGAAUUGGAAUAAAAGCAGAUACUAGAAUUCUAGUUUAAGUAAA